UAUAUUCUUGUAUUUACUUUUUUGGUAAAGAAACAAAAAGUUGGCGUCAGUCAAGGAAACUACCGUGACGGUUUCAUCCGUGUUUAUUUUAAAUUAAACAAGUGUCGUCAUGUCAAUUCACAAGAACCUUCAUACAGAGCGCUGAAGCCCCGCCUACCACGCUAUCGAAGCUCCGCCCACUAAUUGUCUUUAUUCUAGCUCAGAAACACCUCAGCCAACCACUCAAACAGGUAAAGGUGUGCUGAGCGGUUUGUCUGGAGCCACACAGGUGAACCGUUGUUUCCGGGAGCACAGCUGUCAUGGCUGAGUCUCAGCUAGUAUGCAUGGACGAUGAACAUGUUAACGUGAAAAUACCGGAGUCCAAACCGGAGUUUUAUUACAGCGAGGAGCAGCGGGCCGCGCUCGAGCAGCUCUUAAAGAACGGGGAUGGCGCGUUCAAGAUGCGUCUCAAAGAGGAUAGUGUUAAAGACUUUCUCUCCGCAAGGGAAAUCAAAUUGAUGCGGGACACCUUCCAGGAAUAUGACAGCGACUCGGACACCUGCUGCUCACGGUCGCCGCAUGAUACGAGUGAAGACUCAGGUGUGCACUCAACCUACUGGCCGACCAUGUCUGAUACAGAGAUCCCUCCGCUGGACAUCGGUUGGCCCAGCAACGGCCAUUACAAAGGGGUAACUCGGGUGUCGGUUUACACCCACCCACCAAAAUCCAACAGUCCGCAUAUUAAAGAGGUGGUCCGCAGACUCAUUCAAGAAUCCACAAAGCUGGUUGCGGUGGUCAUGGACCUGUUGACGGACCUACUGAUCCUGCAGGAUCUGUUAGAUGCUGCGAGUAAGAGGGGGGUGGCUGUGUACUUGCUGCUGGAGGAGCACGGCUUGCCGCACUUCCUGGACAUGAACAGCAGGCUGCAGAUUUCUGUGCAGCACCUGAGGAACCUGCGUGUGCGAACCGUGAGAGGUUCUGGCAUGCCACUGUCCUUUGGUCGUCUGCCAGGAUCGCUGUGCUCCAAGUACAUGUUGGUAGAUGGAGAGAAAGUGAUGUUUGGAUCAUACAGUUUUACGUGGAGUUCCUCUAGGAUGAACCGCAACACAAUCACUGUGAUGUCAGGACAGGUUGUUGACUUCUUCGACAAUGACUUCAGAGAGCUGUAUGCUGUGUCUGAUAAAGUGGACCUGUAUCGUGAGUUUCACAUCAGUAAGCCGGCCCUGCCAGUUCCUGUGCUGAAAACGCCAGCGGAACCCAACAAACUCACAGUUCCUGUAUCCAUGUCACGCUUCCAGAUCUCUGUAGGGGACUCCAAACAGGCCGGCCUAAAGGUGCCUGCACAUAAAUACCAUAAUCCUAAGUACUCUUUAGUCGUUGGCAACAGUCUAGGUGUGACUGGCUCCCUGCAGGAUCUUUCUAAGCUGAGAGACUAUGUUGACCAUGCCUCUGUGAACAACAUGGAAAAAUUAAUCUACACCAAUGGGGACAGUGUACGUCCACAGUCCCCUUCAUCCCCAGAUGGGACAGAGGAUGGUAAGGGCGAUGGGAAGAAACCUUCGCUGUUUGGUUCUAAAAAGCAGCGCUCUUCCUUCCGGCAUUUCUUGAAAGGCAGAGCAAACAACCCUAAGUAUUGGUGCUGUGUUUUUAAAGGGAAGUGA